GACCACGCGGGGUGGAAACCGCCCGGUAUAACCUAUAAAUUGGAUUUUACAGUUGAAUUUGUUGUUGAUCGGACUCAGUGAGUGUUGAUGAUGUGCUAGUGUUGUUAAGUUGUUGAUUUUUUAGUAAUAGGUACAAACCAUGAGGUGCUGAUCACCAUGGAUUCCCCCGCGUCCUCCCAAGACGACCGCGACAUCGAGGUCAACGUGGUAUCAGGCGCUAGCAGCCCCGACAUCCCCUCGUCUCCUUCUAGAAAAGACCAGAAGAGCCCCUUCUACGAGCUCAAGAAGGACAAAGAAGAGAAGGCGACAGGCAGUGCGCCUUACACCAGUUUCUCUAUAAGUUCUAUACUGAACAGAGCGGAGCCUAGAAGAGAGAAUGUGCUAGAAGCAGCCUUGGCGGCGAACCAGUUUGGGAAUGCGAAUGAUGCUAUGCUAUCCAGGUUGGGCCUAAUAUCGCAGUGGAGCGCGCUGGCCGGCCGGUACGGGGGUUUGGUUCCCGCGCCGUGGUACUGGCAGCGGCCGCAGGAGAGAAUCUCGCCUCCCAGAGAGGAUUCAACAACCAACGAGGAAGGCUCAGCUGGAGGCUCCCCGCGCCCGCGCAGCCCCCCGCGGGCGCCCACGCCCCCCUCCCCCUCCCGCUCGUCCCCCCGCUCCCCUCGCCUCCACCCCGCGCUCUACCCGCAACAACAAGACCCCCAAGACUCCGACCCCGACGUCGACGAAAGCGACGACUUCGACAAAGACGAAAAAAGAGACCACACCGCCAACCUCGGCAAAAGAAAGAAAAAAACCAGAACGGUCUUCUCCCGAUCACAAGUGUUCCAACUCGAAUCCACUUUCGAUAUGAAGAGAUAUCUUAGCAGCUCAGAACGGGCCGGUCUAGCUGCCAGCUUGCAUCUCACAGAAACACAAGUCAAAAUCUGGUUUCAGAACAGAAGGAACAAGUGGAAAAGACAACUCGCUGCUGAAUUAGAAGCGGCGAACAUGGCUCACGCCGCGCAACGACUUGUCCGAGUCCCAAUUUUAUAUCACGAAUCGCGACCGACGUCUAUGCCCCACACUCCAUUACCUAUUCAUCCCCAAUUUUCGAACGAACCCGGAGUCUACUUCCAGCCCCAAGCCCCGCAGCAGCUGCAGCCGCUGCCAGCGUCUCCAGUCACCUCCCGAGCGCCGCUGUCCAGUCUAGUGUAGUGUUCGCUUGAAGCCGCUCGCCGGAACGACAGCGGUGCGGACGGACAAUUUUGAAUUUGAAUUUAGAACGGACUAGUCAUGUCGAUGUGUCAAAAAGCCAAUCGUUCAAAGAGGUGCGACAAGCAGCAGAUUUUUCAAACGUUUGAAAAAGGAACUACAAACUUUUUUUGA